GCAACAAGCCCGUCAGGAGAAGACUCUUGAUUCUUCUAGACGCAGCGGGCAGAUAUGGACUUCCUCAAAUCUGCUGUCGCAUCAGCCAUCUCCAAAGGUCCCGCCUUUCCCUAUUCGUUCGGCGAAAGAGUCGACAUCGACCAGUCUAUCUGGACUCUCCACAAUGGCACCAAGAGGGAAGAUGGCUCCCGAUGUAGCAUUCUCUCCUUCGAUGUAAACGCAAACAAGUCCCGUCUCCCUCUCGCGAAGAACGCAUUACGCAAGUUCCGUACCCUACGACACCCUGGAGUAGUCAAGGUCUUGGAUACUGUUGAGACAGACACCUACAUCUACAUUGCUACUGAACGUAUAACUCCGCUCGCCUGGAAAACAAAAAGAAAGGCCAUCUCUGAGGAGAGCAUCAAAUGGGGCCUACACAACGUCGCCAAAACACUUGCCUUUAUCAACGAAGAAGCCACUUCCGUCCAUGGUUGUAUCCGCACCUCUUCCAUUUUCACUACGGACAGCGGAGAAUGGAAGCUCGGUGGCCUUGACGUCUUGAGCUCCAUGAAGGAAGAUGAGGCUAUCAUCUACACCUAUGGAAGUCUCGCACUUGACUCGGGACGCUAUGCGCCCCCUGAGGUGGCUAAAGGUGGUUGGGACAGCAUCAAGCGACAUCCGGUAUCUGCAGUUGAUUCCUAUGGUUUUGCCAUCCUGAUCGUCGAGGUCUUCAGCGGCGGCUUCUCAGGUGGCGAUCAGGUCGGUCAGACCAAAGGCAUUCCUCCAGCUAUGCACGCCUCGUACAAACGUCUAGCCCAUGCAAACCCAAAGACAAGACUCAGUGUUGCUCAUUUCCUGGAACAAGGAAGAAAAUCUGGUUCCUUCUUUGAUACGCCACUCAUCCAGCUGACCGAUGGCAUCGAUAACUUGGGGUUAAAGUCCGAAACUGAACGUGAAGAGUUUCUUCGCGAACUUGAGGCUGUGGCCGAAGCGGACGACUUCCCAGAAGAUUUCUUUAGAGUCAAGGUGCUGCCGGAGUUGCUCAAGUCUCUCGAAUUCGGUGGCGGAGGCCCCAAGGUUUUGUCGCUUGUCAUGCGUAUCGGCAAGAAGCUUUCAGAUGAAGAGUAUGAAGCGACUAUCACGCCCGUAGUGGUCAGACUUUUUAGCAGUCCAGACCGUGCGCUACGUGUAUGCCUUCUUGACAAUCUCCCACUCAUGAUCGAUCAUCUUCCUCAGAAGAUUGUGAACAACGGAAUCUAUCCCCAGAUGGUUACUGGAUUCACCGAUCUUGCCCCACUUGUGAGAGAACAGACCGUCAAGGCAGUCUUGGUCGUGGUCCCGAAACUGUCUGAUCGCAUCAUCAACGGCGAGCUUUUAAGGUAUCUAGCCAAGACUGCAAACGAUGAGCAACCUGGCAUCCGAACCAACACGACUAUCUGUCUUGGAAAAAUUGCGAAGAACCUCGGAUCUGGUUCACGAACUAAAGUCCUUGUCGCCGCUUUCUCGAGGUCUCUCAGAGAUCCAUUUGUACACGCGCGCAACGCAUCACUUCAAGCUCUAGCGGCAACAGCCGAUCUCUUUACAGAAGAUGAAUGCGCAACCAAGUUGCUUCCUGCCAUCUGUCCAUCACUUGUAGACAAAGAAAAAAUUGUACGAGACCAAGCCAACAAGACGCUGGAUUUGUAUCUUCAACGUAUCCGCAAGUAUAGUCAAACUCUUCCCGACAGUGUUCUGCCACCACCAGAAGCUGCUGGCUCCAAUGCGCCGCGUAUGAGCACUCCACAGCCGGAGAACGCUGGAUCAGGGUGGGCUGGUUGGGCAAUAUCGUCAUUCACCAACAAGCUUGGAUCGGCUAGCGGAGAGAUUCAACCCAACAGCAGUGCUGCGACUACGGCUAGCUCAGAUCGACCAUCCUCGACUCCACCAGCUAAUCCGAGCUCGGCGGCUGCUCAGUCUCUUGCUGCUCGUACUAGACCCACACCAAUAUUUUCUCCUUCUGCACCCACCGUGCCCAGAGUCUCGUCGGGUCUGCGUAAUGCUACUCCUACUAUGUCUGAUGUUGACCAGGAAGACUUUGGAGAUGGCUUGGGCGAGAUGGACGAUGACGGCGCUGCUGAUGCAUGGGGUGGAAUGGAUGAGAGUGCACCGUCUGUGGUGCCCGCCAAAGCCUCCACGGUGUCUUUCGACGACGGCGGCGAGCCAGACUUCGAAGGGUGGUUGAAUGCUCAAGCUCAAGCCAAGACGAAAGCAAAGAACCCUCUGCCAAAAGGCCUCGCUAAGGGCAAACCAGCGACUGCCUUGGCACCAAAGCCAGGUGUAGCUAGAACUGCGUCUGCAUCAGUGGUAGCCAAGGCUAAGCCAGCAACAAAGCCAGCACCUAGCAAGCCGGUAAAGCCGGCAGCAAAGGAUGAAGAUGAGGAUGACUGGGGUUCAGCGUGGUGAUGAAUGUUUGCAGAAAAGUACGGAAUGCCAGCCCUUGGAUUCUUUUAUAGAGUUACAUAAUUUACAUUGAUUGCGCCUUGCCUUCCCAGAAACCGUGCUUUGAUGAAAAUGGUAUCUUGCAAAAGUCGAUUAGGCGGUUGCCUGGACGGGCUCAGCGGCCGCAUCUGCAGCCGGAGGUGUAGAAACCGCAGGCCAUGGCUUCUUCAAAGCGUCUUGGAUCUUGAC